CGUUGUCGUUGGUGAAGCAUCGUUUGUUUCAGAUACAUCCCACUGACAGAAACAGCAAGAUUUGGGACAUGGCAAGUAUUGCCAUGGGAGGCUUAAUCAACAACAAAUCUCGACACCAACAUCCUCCUAUCUGCACUCGCACUCAUCAGAUCGGCGCUCUUUUCCUGGUCAUAUCAACCUUCUUCCUCACUCGCCUCUUCGACCGCUCAUUCUCUCCCUGCACCCUCGACUCCUCCCUCGAUCACAGCCGCACAUCGGAAGAUGGGGUUGUCCAUUUCACCGACGGAGGUUAUCUCUCCUGGCCUUCCCGGGGCUACGGUACCCACAUCUCCCUCAAGAUCUACGUGUACGAUGAGUCCGAAAUCGACGGGCUCAAUGCUUUGUUGCGAGGCAGAGAUGGCUCCAUCUCUCCCGAAGCUUGUCUUAAAGGCCAGUGGGCCUCUCAGGUUAAAAUACACAAGCUGCUUCUGCAAUCAAGAUUUCGGACAAAAAAGAAAGAGGAAGCAGAUUUUUUCUUCGUUCCAGCAUAUGUGAAAUGUGUUCGCAUGAUGGGAGGUCUUAAUGAUAAAGAGAUAAAUCAGACCUAUGUCAGGGUGUUAAGUCAAAUGCCAUAUUUUAGGAGAUCUGGAGGCCAAGACCACAUAUUUGUUUUCCCUAGUGGUGCUGGAGCUCACUUGUUUAGAUCUUGGGCAACAUACAUAAACCGUUCCAUAAUUCUUACACCUGAGGGGGAUCGGACGGAUAAGAAAGACACUAGUGCCUUUAAUACAUGGAAAGAUAUAAUCAUUCCUGGCAACAUUGACGAUGGAAUGACUAAAAGUGGUGCUAGGCUAAUCCAGCCUCUUCCUUUAUCAAAAAGGAAGUAUUUGGCAAAUUACUUGGGUCGUGCCCAGGGAAAGGUCGGUCGUCUUCAGUUGAUAGAGCUUUCAAAGCAAUAUCCUAACAAGUUGGAAUGUCCAGAUUUGAAGUUCAGUGGCCCUGACAAGCUAGGAAAGAUGCAAUAUUUUGAACACCUGCGCAAUGCCAAAUUCUGUUUUGCUCCACGUGGAGAGUCGUCUUGGACACUUCGCUUCUACGAGUCCUUUUUUGUGGAGUGUGUUCCGGUUUUAUUAUCAGACCAAGUGGAAUUACCUUUUCAAAAUGUAAUUGACUACACCCUAAUAUCAAUCAAAUGGCCAUCCACGCAAAUAGGUCCCCAGUUAUUGGAGUACCUGGAGUCAAUACCAGAUAAAGAUAUAGAGGAGAUGAUAGCCCGUGGUAGACAUUUACGGUGCUUAUGGGUUUAUGCCCCAGAAUCGGAGCCAUGCUCUGCCAUGCAGGGAAUAAUGUGGGAACUUCAGAGGAAAGCGAGACAAUUUCACCAGUCAGCUGAAACGUUCUGGCUGCACAACCAAUCUGUUGUAAAUAGAAAUUUAGUCGAGUUCUCUCGCUGGAAACCUCCCAUGAAUUUGCCCUGAUUUUGCCUGGAUAACUUUAGCUGACCUGCUAAUUUCUUUCCCCAUUGUUGAGCGCUGUACCAGUCGCCUCUUAAAUUUCGACUCUAGUACUUUAAAUUUAAUAUAUAUAUCUUAUGUAUAAACAUAUGUAUGACGUGUAUCCGAUUAUGAGGGAAAUUGUUGAUAAUAGUAUAGAUAAAUUUUCUUCCACAUCUCUUCAAUUCA